AUGAUUACCGGUGCCGCUCAAAUGGAUGGUGCUAUUAUUGUUGUUGCUGCCACUGAUGGUCAAAUGCCACAAACCAGAGAACAUUUGUUGUUGGCUAGACAAGUCGGUGUUCAAGAUUUGGUUGUCUUUGUUAACAAAGUCGACACUAUUGAUGACCCAGAAAUGUUGGAAUUGGUUGAAAUGGAAAUGAGAGAAUUAUUGACUACUUACGGUUUUGAUGGUGAUAACACUCCUGUUAUCAUGGGUUCUGCUUUGAUGGCCUUGCAAGGUAAACAACCAGAAAUUGGUGAACAAGCUAUCAUGAAAUUGAUGGACGCUAUUGAUGAACACAUUCCAACCCCAACCAGAGACUUGGAACAAUCUUUCUUGAUGCCAGUUGAAGAUGUCUUCUCCAUUUCUGGUAGAGGUACUGUUGUUACUGGUAGAGUCGAAAGAGGUGUCUUAAAGAAGGGUGAAGAAAUUGAAAUUGUUGGUGGUUUCGAAAAACCAUUCAAGACCACUGUUACUGGUAUUGAAAUGUUCAAGAAAGAAUUAGAUGCUGCUAUGGCUGGUGACAACUGUGGUGUCUUGUUGAGAGGUGUCAAGAGAGACGAAAUCAAGAGAGGUAUGGUUUUGGCUAAACCAGGUACUGCUACUUCCCACAAGAAAUUCUUGGCUUCCAUGUAUAUCUUAACUGCUGAAGAAGGUGGUCGUUCCACUCCAUUCGGUGAAGGUUACAAGCCACAAUGUUUCUUCAGAACUAACGAUGUUACCACUUCCUUCUCUUUCCCAGAAGGUGAAGGUGUUGACCACUCCCAAAUGGUUAUGCCAGGUGACAACAUUGAAAUGGUCGGUGAAUUGAUUAAAGCCUGUCCAUUAGAAGUCAACCAACGUUUCAACUUGAGAGAAGGUGGUAAGACUGUCGGUACUGGUUUGAUCACCAGAAUUAUCGAAUAA